AUGUAGUAAAUUCAUCAGCAGAAUAUCAUGCUGGCUUAAAAUAGACCCUCAUUGAGCAAAACCAGUUCAGUCAAGUCAUCAAUAGACCAAGUUGAAUAUUCAAAUAAGAAGAAUCAUGCUGAGAAUCCAAUAAUGAAGCCGAGACAGAUUAGGACUGCAAAAGUAACCCAUCAAUCUGCAGCAGCCGGGGGAAAUGAUAUGCUCAACGGGUAGUUCGUUUCAAGAUUGAGAAUCAACCAAAUGGAGAAAAAGAAAGAGAUAAGGGAGUAGAUCAUGCAGAAAAUGCGGCAAGAGGACAUGCAAUUUACAGAAACUCUUAGAGCUAUUCAGUAAAAUUAGUUGUCAGAGUACAUGGAGUAAGCAGUAAACCACAGGAUGGUUAAAAAUUAAACUUCAGAAAUGCUAGAAAUUAAUGAUUUCAAAUCUCCAGGGACUUCUAGUCCCUUUAGACCUUUUUCAGCAACAGUUGGGAAACCAAAAUAACUUGCCUCAAUGAGAAACCUAGGUGACUAGUCUGAUCAAAAAUCUAAUUUUACAAUGAGGAGAAAUGCUGGAGAUACAUUUUAUAAAAACAAAAAUUAAUCGAAACUUAUGAAUGACUCUACUAAGUUAGAUUCUGAGUCAAACAAUAAUAAGUCAUCAAUGUUUUCCCUAACUAACAAUGGAGUUUAAAGGUCAAGAGUUGGUUCAGCAGUUACUGCUAAAAACAGUCAAAGAUCACUCAAUCAUAGACUAUCUAUGUUCAAUCAGACAAUUGGAAGUCCCUUGAACAAUCAAAAUAACUCAAGAGAUUAGGCACAUGAAAUUAUCAAAAUUAAUUCUCCGCAAACAGACUCAUUAAGCUUUCCUAGAGAAGGCAAGUUAUCGAUUUGGAAUAGAUCAGGAAUGCAAAAGCAACAAGAUGCAAUGCAGAUCAUAGACAUAGAUCAUCAUGAAAGUAUUCUAGAGGAGGAUGAUCCUAUCACUGAUUAUGACAAUAUAGAUUCAUAAGUACAGCUUAUACAAACAAGUGCGAUGUAGGUUAUGCAAGCUGCUAGACUGAAAAGAAUAUCAGAUUCUGAAAAAGUACAGAAAAUGGUGACCAUUUACUCAGAUCUUUUGAGUAAGAUAAAGUACAGGUCAAAGCCCAAAGCCAUAUUUGCAAUCAUUAAGUCUUAAGGGGACAUCUUCAUAGAAUAUAGAGAUUUAUAAGAAGCCAUUAUAGCUUAUAAGUAGCUGAAAAACUUUUGCGAGGAAGUCAAACUAUAUAAAGAGAAAAUGGGAGUUUAUGCAUAGUUAGGAUAUUGCUACAGAAUAGUAAGAUCACAUGCUAUAGCAGUUGACUAUUUCAAAAAGCAAUUGGAAAUUGCUUGGUAAUAAUUAUAAUUUGAUGUAUUUAGGGAUUUGAAAAAUUAAACAGCAGAGAUGCAGGCUUAUGAUAACAUAGCAAUGGAAUAUUUUUAUAUGGGUGAUCUUGAUAAGGCUAAAUUUUAUUAAGAUAGAAUGCUAAGAGGGAAAUUAGAAAAUAAGGACAGCAUAAUAAGAAGUGUCUGUAUUAACAUUCUUUCAUCGAAAAGAGAAAAAAUUCACACUGGUCAGAAGAAAAUGACAGUAAAAAAGUAAAAUAGCAAUAUAUAUAAAUUGCAUAGAGAAGUAUUGGAUAAACUUGACGAGGAGAGGAUGGCAGAUUAUGGACAUUCAAGAGCAUAUCAAUUACUUCCUCAUUUUGCUGACAAUCUAGAAGGUCAAAAGAAGGAAAAUGCAAUGAGCGAUACCAUACCUAGCGAAGCAGAAGAGAGAAAAAUGGAUAGAGAAAAAAGAGAAGAACUGCAAAAGCUUAGAUCAGCAAAAGUGUCAGUUGUGAGAUCAAACAUUACUGUCAAGAGUCUCAAGAAAAAUAAAGACAAGUAUGAUAUACAAAAGCUCAAGAAAGAUUAGAUGUCAAAUUACCAUCCAUUCUGUGAGGAUCGUUUCUUAGAAAUGGUUAGAAAGGCUCAUUAAAGAUGCUAGCUAGGCGAUGAUAUCAAGGCCAAGCCUGAAAAAUACAUGGGCCAUAAAAGUCUUCUGAGGACUAUGCCUUUGCAUGCAAGGAAAAAGCAUUUCACCUCAAAGAUUAGGUAGGAUUCAAUUUACAGUUAAUUUUUCAAUUAGAAAAAAUAUUUGGAGGCAUUGAAAAAAUUUGAAGAGGUGCUUGUAUUAAAGAGAGAGAUAUAUGGAGAAAAAUCUGAUCAAGUUAUGAAAACUUAAAAUGAAGCAGCAAUUAUUUGUAACAUUUUAUCGAUGAGUUUCUUACAAAAGGAAAAUUUUAAUGUUGCAUUGGAACUACUCAGGAAAGCAGAAACAUUAACUGAUGAAAGUGACAGGUUUAGGGCUGUUACUUACAAUAACUUUGCCUGCAUUUUCAGAAGGACUAAAAAAUUGAGGAGUGCUCUCAAUUAUCUUGAAAAGGCACUAGAAAUAGAGUACAAUUACCUUCAUUUUAGCGAUGAAGCAGUUGACGAAUGUCUCCAAGUUAGCAACCCUUGUGAUAUUCAUUUAAAUAUCUGCGCAAUUCUAAGUCAGAUGGAUAAGCACGAAUUAGCUCUACAGCAUGCAAUGAAGGCAUUAAUUCUUAUCUAAGAUGAGCUUCUUAAUAAAAUUGAUCAUCUGAAUUCAAUUGGAUAAGAUGGUUAGCAGGAGGAAGGCAAAAAGAAGCCAGAGGAUAGAAUGAUAGUUCUCUGUAUUGCCUAUCAUAAUAUUGCAGUAGAAUAAGAAUUUUUAAAACAGAGUGCUGCUAAAUACCUUGGAGAACAGCACCCAAUGACGGCUAAUCUUAAUGAUGUUCUAAAUCAAGCUACUAAGAAAAUAGCUGCUUUAAUAUAAAAAAGUUUUCAUAAGAGUGGAAUGUCCAACAAGGCUGGAAGAGCAUCAGAAGAUCUUGAGAGUUUACUUAGAAAUGCUGAUUUCGAAUGA